UUGCCACAAAACAACCAAAAUUACUUCUCCUCUCACUCUAAAAAGCCAUUCCCACCGGAAAAACCCACCAAGAAUAUCAAAAAAACACACUCAAAAAUAAAAAAAAACAGCAAAAAAAGAUUUUUUUAACUUCUUUUUCUUUUUGGGUGGGUAUUUUGUUGUAUUUAUUGGGAAUAAAUUAUUGGGAGAUGAACGGAAAUGGAGAAGGAGGUGAUGAAAGUUUGAGGGUGAAAAUGGAGGUGGAGGGUGGGAAAGAGAGAUUAGUGUAUAUGUGGGGCUAUUUGCCUGGGGCUUUGCCGCAGAGGUCGCCGCUUUUAUCGCCGGUGGUGGUGAGGCUCCCGCAGUCGAUUGGGGCGGGAACUUCUUGGAAAGAUGUUUGUGGCGGCGGCUGUGGUUUUGCUAUGGCCAUUUCAGAAUCUGGGAAGCUCAUUACUUGGGGUUCGGCAGAUGAUUUAGGUCAAAGCUAUGUGACUUCUGGAAAGCAUGGGGAAAUGCCAGAGCCUUUCCCUCUUCCUACUGAUGGUUCAAUUGUCAGAGCUGCUGCCGGUUGGGCACACUGUGUUGCAGUUACAGAGAGUGGGGAUGUGUACACUUGGGGAUGGAAAGAAUGCGUUCCUUCUGGGAAGGUCUUGGGGGACCCAUCCCUGGGGCUAGGCAUAGAGAAGGAUGUCACUGAGAGACAAAGUUCAUUUUCAUUGGAGCAAGUGAGCCCUCGGUCCCAAGGAUCAAGGUCCACGAGUGGAGCAAUUCCUAAUGUUGAUAAAGGAGGAGGUGAGGAGACAGCAAAGCGAAGAAGGAUAUCAUCGACAAAACAGACAGCUGAGAGCUCAUCAUCUGGUGAUGAAACCCUUUCAGCACUGCCUUGUCUGGUCACACUAAAUCCAGGAGUAAGGAUUGCUGCUGUUGCUGCAGGUGGCCGCCAUACAUUAGUACUGUCAGUUUCAGAUAUCGGACAGGUGUGGGGAUGGGGCUAUGGUGGUGAGGGUCAGCUAGGUUUGGGUUCCCGCAUACGCAUGGUAUCAUCUCCGCAUCCCGUACCUUGCAUUGAGCCAUCUGCCUUUGGAAAGGAUAGAACCAUGGCAACCUCAAGAGGAAGCAUGGCAUCAGAGGGACAUAACUUUAGAGUUCCGGGAAAUUAUGUAAAGGGAAUUGCAUGUGGAGGCCGACACAGUGCAGUAAUUACAGAUGCAGGAGCACUACUCACUUUUGGCUGGGGACUAUAUGGACAAUGUGGCCAAGGAAGUACAGAUGAUGAGCUAAAUCCAACUUGUGUAUCUUCAUUACUUGGAGUCAGGAUAGAGGGAGUGGCUGCAGGACUCUGGCACACUAUCUGUAAUUCUGCUGAUGGUGAUGUUUAUGCCUUCGGAGGGAAUCAAUUUGGCCAGUUGGGUACUGGUUCUGAUCAAGCUGAGACACUUCCUCGAUUGCUAGAGGCUUCAAGUCUGGAGAAUGUGCAUGCAAAAGUAGUUUCUUGUGGUGCACGUCAUACUGCUUUACUUACAGAGGAAGGCAAUGUGUUCUGUUGGGGAUGGAACAAGUAUGGCCAGCUUGGCUUAGGUGAUGUGAUUGAUCGCAACAUUCCUUCUCAAGUUGCAAUUGACGGGUGUGUUCCGAAGAAUGUGGCAUGUGGCUGGUGGCACACACUUUUACUGGCUGAAUCCGAAUCACCUACUUGAUUGCUUGGUAUAGGUUGUGCCACAAUUUUGUUAGCUUAGCUGUUUACUCUUUCGUUAAGUACAGAUAGAAACUUGAGGCAAUGCGUAUGUGUAAAUACAGACAGUAGCUUGUACACAAAGGCAUGUAUGCUUGUAAUCAUUCUUUCAUGGUCAAGGGACGAUGCUACAAGGAAUCAUGCAUGUGUUGUUAGAUGAGCUAGUCCCACUGAAGUUAAUCUGUAUCCUGAUUGAUGCUUGUAAUCACUUAUUAGCAACGGUUGGAUACUUCUGAUUACUUGUUAUUUGUAGAUUAGUUAUUAGAGAAUAGGCAUCUGUUACUCCAAAGACUUGGAUUCAUUGAAGUGUGUUGUUGGA